AUGGACGACACAACUACAACAUUCAAAAACCUCGCAUUGGAGCUCCAAGCAAAUCUCGAUAAGAUAUAUCAAAACACACCGGGUUUCAUCGGCUCGCGAGUCGUAUCCUUCGGGAGUGGAAGUAUCAUUGCCAAUUUCAUUCUCAUUUUCAAUCCAACAACGAGCUUAAGUGAAAUAGAAGCUAUUGACAUUUUUAGAAGCGCAUUGACAUCAGAGGCCGAGAUCACAAGCGGUUCCGGACUGUUCCUUACGUCACUCCCAGCUUUCAUCAUUUUUCUCCCCUGUGAAGACUUGACCUGUGAAAACAGUGGAACCUGUAUAAUAACAAGCGAUAGAUCAGGUGGAGAAUGCAGAUGUACCGAUAGCUGGACUGGGGACCGCUGUCAAACAUCCUCAAACAGCAAACUUACCGAGUUGCCCGUUAACUGCCCGGACUUUGAUCGCACAAUAGGCACUGAUCCAGGACAAGCGACGUAUACUUUUAGCCCAGAUUUCGGAGCAGAUGACGUAACCAAAUCUGUAGAUGGUUACAGAUAUCACGGAGGUGAUGUCUCGGUAAAUAUUACUCUAGGAGGUUCCCCGGUUGGCAGCGGUGUGUCCAUAGGGACACACGACGUGAUUGCACUUAUCUAUGAUGACGAAUUGAGUAAGACAUGCACAGGAACAUACCAUGUUCAAGAUGAUGAAUCUCCUUUUAUAAUGUGUUCCAACCUGACUGUGCCGUUUGGUAACGUUGUGGCUAAUUAUGACGCUGUUGUUUCGGAUAAUGUCGAUGAACCGUCGUCACUUCGGGUUGAUUUUGCUCCAAAGCAACCGGGUCAAAGGUUAGAUCCAGGCGUCAAUGAAAUAUCAGCAACUGUCACCGAUUCAGCUGGAAACAUCAAUAGCACCGUCUGUUAUAUUGAUAUACAAAUGACGGAGUUGCCAGUCGAGAUUUUGCAGGCAUCCGCUGCUUAUGAUGGAAACACAUACAGUCUAUUCUUCCGUGGUCAUCUCAAGGAGGGCCUGACCUCUCUUAAUUUCGCGUUCUAUGGUGACGUCAUAUAUGACCCCAUUAUUGUUAAUGGAGUGGAACAAUUUCAGCCAGCAGAUCUGUCGCCUGGCGUUAACAACAUCAGGAUUGAAGCAACAGAUGGAGUCUUGUCAAAAACCAUCCAGUUUGUUCUAAAUGUGACAAGAAAUCAACCAGUAAAUUAUGAACUAACUGGAAACAUGGUUUUGGCAAGAAUUAAAGGCAUCGACGCACCCUUUACACAGGACCUAUUGGACGACACAACUACAACAUUCAAAAACCUCGCAUUGGAGCUCCAAGCAAAUCUCGAUAAGAUAUAUCAAAACACACCGGGUUUCAUCGGCUCGCGAGUCGUAUCCUUCGGGAGUGGAAGUAUCAUUGCCAAUUUCAUUCUCAUUUUCAAUCCAACAACGAGCUUAAGUGAAAUAGAAGCUAUUGACAUUUUUAGAAGCGCAUUGACAUCAGAGGCCGAGAUCACAAGCGGUUCCGGACUGUUCCUUACGUCACUCCCAGCUUUCAUCAUUUUUCUCCCCUGUGAAGACUUGACCUGUGAAAACAGUGGAACCUGUAUAAUAACAAGCGAUAGAUCAGGUGGAGAAUGCAGAUGUACCGAUAGCUGGACUGGGGACCGCUGUCAAACAUCCUCAAACAGCAAACCAACCUCUAUUGCAGUGAUCGUCGGAAACAACAGCAGGUGUACUUUUAUUCUUCAUCCUCAUCCUGAUCUUGGUCCUCUUCGUGCUCGCUUUGAGAAACAGAAUGGUGAUGAAAUAUCAGAGCAGCCAGGGUCCUGCUGGGCCCACAUCUAUGUUUGGGACAAGAGAUGACAAUCACAGUGAUCGUCGGAUGUCUCCACGAGGAGACCCAAUCUUCCAUCAUGAGGACAGAAGUAUGGACCUUUCCUUUUGCAAUGAUAAGAUGGACAUGGCUUUAUUCACUCAGUACAAGAGUCGAGAGCAGAGGAGCGUCGGCCGAAAUUUCAAUACCGGACCCUCCUUCACUGGACGUGCGCCGAGCCACGAAACUCUGCAGAAUGGUAAUCACCGAAGGAAUGGAAUACCGCUUCGAGAUACGUAUUACUACAGCGGACAAGUGGAUCUCUAGACCCUGCCAACCCUGUGGAAUGUACAAUGAUACUCGGUGGAGUCGAUUGGGAAGAGCCACUGGUAACAUGUCUUCUUUCCCAAGGUUCAUAUUUACGAAAACGAAAAAAAGGUUCACAAAUCCGAAAAUGAAAUAGUGUUUGUAAUUGAGUAAUUGACAUUUAUCUAUCGAGGAAUGUUCUCUCAGCCCGGAAUUUAAUUGCUGUAAUUUUCCACACAUUUCUGUUUUCUGCCACCCCGGUACACUCUUUUACAAUGUCAUUCCAAUAUUCCCCUCCCAGUUAGUUCUUGUUGCUCUUUGCUUCAACCAUUCCUAUAAGGAUAUUUGUUUCAGAAACCUUUUUCCUUAAUUCUCUAUCAAUUUUCAUAUCUUUCCAUGACAUUUUCAUCAUUCUUCAGUACACCCAAUGUCCUUAUUCUUUGUUAAUGUCCACGUUGCUGCUCUGUACAAUAGAACAUAACAUACUUAGGAAUAUGUAAGUCUCAUUUUAAGUUUAAAUUUCAUUAUUCUUGCUGUAAAUAAGUCUUUAAUCGCCAGAAAAUUAUUCCUUGCUAUAUCAAUCCUUUGUUAGAUGUCUACCUUACAUCUGGCAUCAUCAGUGAUAUGUUGUCCGAGGUAGAUGUAAAUGCUGACCUUCUCAAUGAUAUGGCCAUCUAGUCCAACAUAGAGUCUGAGCUUGAGAAUGAAAUUAGGGUUCAUAACUCCGAAAAUGAAAGGCGUCUAUAAUCUCAAACGCAUAUCAUUUCAAAAAUUAAAAAUAGAACCUCAUAAACUUUUCCAAAUAACGAAUCUUCUGAAUUAUGAACGCUAUUUCAUUUUCAGUAUAAUAAAUUACCUGCUAUAAUUGGGUAUGGGAAAUUUGUAACUCGAAUUUAUGAACCAACGGAAUUAUGAAAUUUAGGAAAAACGAGUGACCCCCAAGUCAAAGAGCUGCAGACUUUAAGGAUAAUCCAACCUUUGUAGUACUUUUUUUUGUAUGAAAGCAGAAAAUUAACAGAAACGGCAUGAUAAAAUAAAACGGACAAAAAUAAAAGAGGUUUGAAUGUUUGAAUCAUGACAUCACUAAAGCUAUGGAAAUUUUGUCAGUAUAUCGUGCUGUUUUCAUAAACAAUUUCUCUCCCAUUUGUCUUGUGCAAAAAUAUCAUUAAUUUCUGUUUUCCCCCAAAGUGCCUCCUCCCUCGGGCCACUACUGAAAUAUAUUAUGGAAAGCAUAUUAUUGUAGGUCCUUGUGAAAGAUUGAUCCACAUUAUCUUUUCAACAAAUUUGAAAUUCCCAAUUUUCCAUACGUAAAGUGAUUAUAACUUUUAAAAAUCUAUACCUUUGAUUUUUGAUUUUUUUUUUUCGUCCGGUUUCACUAGAGUACUUUGUCUAAUGUUUCGGUUUUCUAUGACAUUAUUAAGCUAUUUAGGUAGCAUUUACCUUCAAUAAGUAGAUGAAAUACGAAACUAAAAGGUCAUCGAGUGUGAAAAGGGGUCAUAUGAAUUCCUUUUUAUGCUGCCUUACCCUCCACCUCCUCCUCUAUUGGAUUAAGGGCAGGUACUCUACUGAUGAUACACUUCAUGUGCCCUUUAAAAGAAAUCCGCGUUAUUGAGGUGAAUUUAGCUUUAAAGUGUAACGGAACUGAAGUAACUAAGAAUCCUUCUUCGCUCUUUUAUUAAGUGUAAUUAAAGUCUUGUAAGUUGUGUUAGUGUUACAUGUUUAUAUCUUGCAGUCAAACCUGUCUAUAGUAACCUCCCAUUGAAGGAAAACACACAAAUUUGGCAUUUGCACACAGGUGGUCUUUGAAGACAGGUUCCUUUAGUACAUGUUUUAAUAAGGAAAC